AUGGAUAAUAAGAGUAGUGUUAGUGAUAAGAAGUGUGUUCUUGAGAAGGAAUGAGAUGAUUGGUCGGAAAGGGAUUUUGAUGAAUGUAGUGAUCCUGUGCAGAUAGUCAGGACUUGAGAGGAGUUUGAUAAUGUUCUUAGAUAUAAUAAAGGGAAUAGGAAGGAUAAGAAAUGAACUUUUGGUUCGAAAGAGAACCAUAGUUUUGAUUGUAAGUUUGGGAUGAAUUCUGAUUCAAAAAGUAAGAGGAUACCUCAUUCUCAGUUUCAAGUACUAGUUCCAGAAAAUCUGAAGAAGAGCAUAACUAAUAGUUGUGUUUAUAAGGCUAAAGAGGGUUCUAACCAUCCUUCAUUUUACAUGAGGGGAUCAAAUACAGUCCUAAAUCCCAUUUCCAUCCCUCAUAACCGCACCAACCGAGCAGCCUUGCGUAAACUUUCUUCAGAGUUGAUCCUCAGAUCCCUCUUGCAAUCUGACCAAUAAUUAAUAAUUUUGUGUAUAAAGGAUAUUAAACCUCA